AUGAAUCGUUAUACUAUCGAGGUGGAGAACUGGCGUGGGGCCAACACGAACUAUGCAGUCAUGAUGGACACCCCAGUGUUCACCGGUGACCAGGAACCGUGGCUGAAUGUUUGGUAUACUAUGUUCGACCCCUUCCAUGGAAGUUUCGAAGUUAACACUGGCGACAACUUCUAUGUCUGGGUAGGGACUGUGCCUACUUCGCCUGCCCUAGGUGUAGUAGUUUCUAGUGGCAUGAGCCUGCUCGCCCGGCUGGGCUCCGAAGGCGUACCCGGGAUCAAAACUGGCACGGACUUUAAUAUGCCUAACAACAAUUACCUUGUUGGUCUCGCGAAGGUCAACCACAGGGGACAGGUUUCUCCAGUCGGAUCGGUUGCUCCAGACAAUGAUCAGAGCAUUCAAGUCACUCCUAAGAUGAGAUUCUUCGUUACGGAGAGCCAGCAGAGAGAUGGUGCUGUCGUGGACUUUAGCAGUGGCGAGGGCGCGGGGAGAUUCUAUGCUACUGUGACCCAGGGCGAGGAUAACGGAUCCACUGUGAAGUACUACGACUCUUUCGACUAG